AAAAUACAAUUUUCCACAAAUCAGAAAAUUUACAAAGAACGUUUUACUAGUAGUAGUAUCUAACAAUUUAGUUGAAUAUAGAUCUGAAAAUAAUUUUGUUAGACGCUACUAAAAUAAUUGAACUUUCAAAUCGAUUGCUAUCAUGUUAAAAUUUUUUUACAACAACGCUCAUCUUGAAUAUUAAUUACUAUUUUGGUCCAAUAAAAUUAUCUUCAGAUCUGUAUCCAGCUAAAUUUUUAAAUAAUAGAUGAUAAUAGAUAAGAUAAUAGAUGAUAUUUUUCAAAUCUUUUGCGUCCAAUCUAAUUUAUUAUUUUAUUAUUUUUAUAUAUGCACAUAGCAUGUGGAGAAUCAUUCUCAAUUUACAUGAAUUUAACUGAGUACCAUUUUAGGAUUGAUUAUCGAAUGUUUAAAAAAUAAUUGGACAAUUAAAAGUAUGUUUUAUUUUUAAAGAAUCUUAUCAAUUUCUGUUAAAUACUUAAAAAGAAAGCAAAGUUCGGAAAUUGAAAAACAAUAUCUAAGAUUGCUAAAUUUAGUUUUUUAAUCAAUCUGCGCUUUAAUCACUGAUUAUUUUAUUAUUUAUACGCAGAAAUGUAAGUCAUAAACAAAAAUGUCGUCGACGUUUAAUUAAACUCCAAAAUAUUUAAUAAUUAUAUUAAUAUGAUUGCACGAAAAACGAGAAGAAAAUACGACAGAUAUUAGAAUAAUUUUUUAGAGCAAUAUUAAGUGUAAAAAAUAAUAUUUAAUUAUAUUAAAAUAUUUAGAAUACUUUAAUACUGCGACAACUUUCAUGUUACUAUACAAUAUAAAAUACCAUUUAAAUUUAAUACCAUAAAGUGAAUCAAAUCUGUUAAAGAAUCAAACCUAUUAAUAAAAGCUACUAUAUCAGUGACAUGACUUUAUCGAUCAAGAUUUCAUUGGCAAUUGUUAUGAGUUUAAUGAUCCAGUUUCUAACAAUGCUUCCCCAAUUUAAUUUACUCACGAUGUCGCAAACGUGUUACUCACCGUCAAGUCAUACGUGAAAAGAAUUCUAAUAAAUCAACUGUGAUAUAUCUGUAUAACUUGGAUAUAUCAGUUUAUCAUAUAAUUAUGGUUCACGCUGACGAUGAAACGCCAGUCCAUGUUUGUAGUUCGUUCAAGAAAGAUGCAGGGCGCUCGCUGUUUUCGUAGGUUGUUGAUUUUAGCAUUAGCGCUUUUAUUAGAUAAUUGGUUCGUCACGAACAUUAAUGCACAUCCGCAGCUUAUUAAUCAUUGGAUAAGACCACCACUAACAUCACCGAAAUCGAUGAAAACAGAAAAUAUCACUCCCGGGAUGAUUAGCUAUAGACUUGAUUCAUGGUCUCAAUACGAUAAUCCUGAAGAAGGUACAGAACGAGAAGGAGAUAUAUAUCGGUCAUUGAAAUCGAGAAAAACCAUUACGACGAAUGAAACUUUACUAUGGCCUAAUGGUAUCGUGAAUUAUUACGUUCAUUCAUCCAUAGCUAAUGAACCGACGAAAUUUAUUGUACUGGAGGAUGCAUUACGCACUAUAAUGUCGAAGACGUGCAUUAAAUUCGUGCGCGUUCAUGAAUACGCGAAGCUCCCAGCAAAUAAUUGGGUCAAUAUCACGGGUCACCGGAGGGGUUGUUUCUCCGAUUUGGGACGUAAUACGAAUCGACCUAAUAUUCUGAACCUAAACGUGAACGCAUGCUUCUACACAACUGGACACGCGAUGCACGAGAUGUUGCAUACCUUAGGCGUAUAUCAUGAGCACAUGAGACCAGAUCGCGACGAAUAUAUCACUAUAAUAUGGGAAAAUAUAAGAAAAGGAAAUGAAUUCAACUUUCAUAGAUUGAAUAAUAGUGUCGUAACAGAUUAUGGACUACCGUAUGACUAUGAUAGCGUAAUGCACUAUUCUAUGACGGCGUUUUCUACUGAUAGAGCACUUCCUACAGUAAUACCUACGACAUCUUAUGUAGAGAUUGGCCAAAGAAAUCACUUGUCGUAUUACGAUAUACAAAAAUUAUUAAUUGCUUAUAAUUGCAAUGUCAAUACUAACAAAUCAAAAAUUACCAAAAAACCAAAGAAACUUCCUAAUCAUAAAAAGUUAUCCCAACAAAAAAAGACAGUUGAGACAGAAGUGAAAUCACAAAUACCAACAAUUAUUAUAAAUAAUUUUAUCUCAAAUAAAUUAAGUGAUAAGAAUAAUGAUUUAGAAAAACUAGUGGACAAAUUUAAUCAAAUAAGUUUUUUAGGAUCUAUGCAUCCCAGUCAGUCGAAUUAUUCCGUGCCCUUGAGCCCAAUAUACUCAAAUAUAAAUCUUCAUUUGCAUAAGGAAAAUGAAUAAUAAUGUGUGUGUGUGUGUGUGUAUGUGUAAGAU